AUGCUCUGUGGGCUGGGGUUGGCCUUGUCACUGCCCACAACGCCUCAGCAGCUUCCACCGAAGUCAGCGGGCUACAGCCGGCACAAGGAGUACCUGAAGAUGCUGAGCGAGAGAGAAGAGGCGCUUGAUGAAGUUGAUGAACUGGAGCACUUGGUGACGGCGCAGACAGAGUCUGUGAACAUCGACCACCCAAACCACAUUGUAACGGUGACCACCAUCAGUGAUUUGGACCUCUCCGGUGCACGCCAGCUGGGACUGACCACCUCUGAGGGAAAAAGUAUUGGAUCCGAAGAAGAAAAGGAGGAAGAGGUGGUGAACAGACCCACAAGANCGGUUCCCAAAAAGUCCAGAAACCCCUUCCUGUCUGAAAAGAUCUCCUCCCUUACUGCCUCACUGCACAUGCACAGCCGGAAAAAGACGAAAGGAAAGCGACCCCAACGCGGGCAAGGCCCACGCAAGAAAAUCCAGAAGUCCAGCACAGGGCGAACCACUAAGACUCAGCGCCGGAGACUGACGGGCAAAAUGGGACGUGACCAAGAUUAAGGGAAGGACUAGUGCUUGGACCAGGAACU